AUGAAACUUGGCACUUUCAUCACCCAUAUGCUGGCAGCCGCUGCCACGCUAGGCGUAUACGCUGUACCGACUCAACGACUAAGACCAGAUUGGCCCGACUGUCCCGAGUUCAACAAGGGGAGCUUCGACAUCAAGUAUCCCAAACUGUAUCCAACCAGUGCCGCCUGGGACGGCAACUAUGUCAUCAAGUACGACGUAUACAAGAACGCAUUUGUCUGGAAGGUCAACCUGAAAGCCUUAACCAGCAAGAUCGGCGGCUGUUACGGCCUUGAGACCGACUUCGAAGGCAACACCUACGUCGCCUGCACCGACGGUAACACCAUCAUCCGCAUCUUGUUCGAUGGCCAGUUCCCCAAGACUUGGUGGCCGGAACACGUAGACCCCAUAGAUCAGGCCAUCCGCGGCCUAGCCGCCAUCCCUGACUCCAGCCGGCUCCUCACCCACAACGGGGAGAGCCUCAUCGGCGCUUUGGACAUGACCAUGGAGUUCGGCCAGCGGCUGCCUGAUUGGCUGGCCAACACAAACAUGAUGAUCGCCGACGUCCAGGGCAUCACGCUUCCGCCAAAGUACAAGAGCCACGUUUGCCUGUUGACCUCCCCCACACAGGGCGUCCAGGUCGUCGAGGCCAUGGGAUGGCUGUGGCAGACGGAAGACUACUUGAACCACCGUCAUGCGGUUCAGCACACCUUUACCGUGAUCCCUCCGCCACCUGCCAUCGCGGCCGAGAAUGGAUAUCCGUCCGACACGGUGCAGGUCGGGUCUAACAGUAUUUUCACACUAUUUGAGUACAAGGACGGGCACAAGACUGGAGACGAGAGUGUCUGGUAUUUUGAAGAUAUUACGCAGGCGAUUGAGCAAAAUUUGGCCCUGCUGCAUGGCCCUAAUGGGUUUACGGGCUGGAACGAUCCGAUGAUUUGGCCGGAUGCUGAUGAGAUUCGUUUAAAGUCGGACCUACCAGAGGGAUGGCAUUUGAAUCGCGGCACAUAGUGAUAAACGUGCUGAGAUCAAUGAACGAACCGCUCAGUGGGCUCCAUGUGACGAACGAUGUAUCGGAGUUGGACAGAUAUGGAUAGGGUUGUUUGG